GCUGUUUUCCUCACACAGGUUGUUUGAUGGUCAAAUCCCUAAAUUUGCCAUCACAGACACAGAGAUGAUCCGAAAUGUACUAGUGAAAGAAUGCUAUUCUACGUUCACAAACCGGCGGAAAUUUGGCCCAGCGGGGAUUAUGAAAAAAGCUGUCUUCAUAUCUGAGGAUGAGGAGUGGAAGAGAAUCAGAGCCUUUCUGUCUCCCACCUUCACCAGUGGAAAACUCAAAGAGAUGUUCCCCAUUGUUGAACGGUAUGGAGAUAUUUUGGUAAAAUACUUGAGAGGAAAGGCAGAGAAAGGCAAGCCUGUCCCUGUGAAAGAAGUGUUUGGGGCCUACAGCAUGGAUGUGAUCACCAGCACGUCAUUUGGAGUGAAUGUCGAUUCCCUCAACAAUCCAAAGGAUCCUUUUUUGGAGAAUGCCAAGAAGUUCUUAAGACUUGAUUUUUUUGAUCCAUUAUUCUUGUCAGUAGUACUUUUUCCAUUCCUCACCCCAAUAUAUGAGAAGUUAAAUAUCUCCAUUUUCCCAAAGGAUUCCUUAGCAUUUUUCAAAAAAUUUGUGGAAAAAAUGAAGGAAAACCGCCUGAAUUCUAAUGAGAAGCAUCGAGUGGAUUUUCUCCAUCUGAUGAUGAAAGCUCACAAGAAUACCAAAGACAAAGAGUCUCACAAAGCCCUGUCUGACAUGGAGAUCAUGGCACAGUCAAUUAUCUUUAUUUUUGCCGGCUAUGACACCACCAGCACCACACUUGCCUUUGUCUUGCAUUUACUGACCACUCACCCUGAUAUACAGAAGAAACUGCAGGAGGAGAUCGACAGGGCUCUGCCCAAUAAGGUGACUGGUUGGUGCUUGGAGUAGGGGGGGGAAAGAGGA